AUUGAGUGUUUUUAAACUAAAUUAACAUGGCUCGAAUGAACCGCCCAGCUCCUGUGGAAAUCACUUACAAGAACAUGAGAUUUCUUAUUACACACAAUCCAACUAAUGCGACCUUAAACAAAUUUAUAGAGGAACUUAAGAAGUACGGAGUUACCACAAUAGUAAGAGUAUGUGAAGCAACUUACGACACCAGUCUUGUGGAGAAAGAAGGCAUCCACGUUCUUGAUUGGCCUUUUGAUGAUGGCGCACCACCAUCUAACCAGAUUGUUGAUGAUUGGUUAAGUCUUGUGAAAAUUAAGUUUCGUGAAGACCCUGGUUGUUGUAUUGCCGUUCAUUGUGUUGCAGGCCUUGGGAGAGCUCCAGUGCUUGUCGCCCUAGCAUUAAUUGAAGGUGGAAUGAAAUACGAAGAUGCAGUACAGUUCAUAAGACAAAAGCGGCGUGGAGCUUUUAACAGCAAGCAACUUUUGUAUUUGGAGAAGUAUCGUCCUAAAAUGCGGCUGCGCUUCAAAGACUCUAAUGGUCAUAGAAACAACUGUUGCAUUCAAUAAAACUGGGGUGCCUAAUGCCAUUGCUUGGAAGUGGAACCUAGACAGGAUGGGAUUUGUCAUACAUGUUAGCCAGCAUGUUGGCUUGGUGAAGUCUGAUGAAGCUUCAAUAGGAGUGUUGAAAUGCAGUUUUACCAGGCCACAAGCCUGGCAGAAUUGCAGCCUCUAUGUUUGGGUUAUGAUCAACCUACUUGGACACUUAGCAAAGGAUUCUUGCUGUUCAGCAUUUACAAUGUGCUUAUCGUUUGUACCAAUUGACUUUUCCUGAAAUCAUGCAGUAUGGAAUCAUUCAUGUCUUUAAAUCUGUUUCCAUGCCAGAUUCUUAUCAGUAUAUAAGAAAUUUCGAAAGACUAGGUGCCAAAAUACCCAGCACAAUUCUUGUUUUUAGUGUCAUAUCAAACUAAAAUCCCAGGAACAAUGAAAACUCUGGAUCUUAUGUGUUUUAUUCUUUCCAUCAUUUCAAACAUAGAAAGUAGGGCCUAUAAGGUUAUUUGCUCACAAUAUGUUUACAUCUUCCACAGUCAUACCAGUAUACAUCAGAUUUGCUCGUUUGGUUUUUUUUAAUUAACCAGGUCUUAUCAGUGAUUAUUUAAUGUCUUUCUAUAAAUCUCAUUUUGUGCUGUCAUGGAAGACCUCCAUUUUGAAAAUCUACAUUGUACAGAAGCACAUGUCUUUAAUGUCUCCAGACAAAAAAGCCUUACAGUUAAUUUUAAUGUUUGCACUUUGGGGUGCAACUUACAGGGAGGGCCUGACAAAGGAAUGGGAGGGGGCUAUUAAGUAUUUUUAGUAAAAUGUUGCCUUUGUCUUGUGCAGAACAUGUAGAAUAUGCGCUUUAAUUUAGUAAAUAUUUUUUUAAAAGGUAGAAAUACUUUGUUAUUGUAGCUAAAACAAUUCUUAAUCAUAAAAUUUCUGAAAUUCUUGUAAUUUUUUUUCAAACUUAUCUGAAGUUGUUUACCAACUUAUUUUUGUUUGAAGUGUGAUUCCCAACCUUUCUUGAAAAAAAAAAAGUGGGUUUCUGCUAAUGAAUUGAGCAGACAUUUAAUAUUUUAUAUGCCUUUUGAGCUGUGUAACUUAAUAUUUGGAUACUUGACAAUUUGUUUUAUUAUGUGAUUGAUAAAAUGGUGAUGUGUAUUAAUGUCAGCUCAACCAUAUAUUUAUACUGUCCGGGAACAUGUGGUUAUAGCUCUGUGGGAGAAAUAAUUUGUCAGUGUUCACCAGCUUGUAAAAAUCUAGUGCGAGAGCUUAAACAUUAAAUAAAUGAUGAAAUGCAUUUAUCGUCA